AUGAUUUAUUUGAUUGUUGCAUUUUUGAUACAGUCGUUCUUUGCAGCCGAUAUUACAUGGAUUGGGACAGAUCCUUUGUCGAUUAGCCUCAGUGACUAUUCCUUUUUCGGGCUAAAUGGUGAUCCAAUUUAUGAGUUUGACGGAAGCUCCGUUUCUAAGCUCAGUGACGGUACUUCAGACACCACUGCUAUCAAUGUUAAAUUUCAAUCGGAGUCUUUUAUCAAGUGUGGAAGCAAAAUGUGUCCAGCGAUUGUUCUACUCGGUGAAAACAAGGGAAUUUCAUUGAAAUUGACAAAUGCGACACUGGAAAAAGACGUCUUCGCAUUAGAGCCCGGAAGCUGGCCAGAUGCAGGCUUCGACGACGUCAAGAAGAUUCUGACGUAUCCAAGAAAAGUUCGCGAAGAGUUUGAACACUACAAUUUUCUCUCAAUCUUGACCUCGGAAAAUGGCAUUGAUUACUCAGUUUACACAGCAAAAAUCAUGGAGGAGAAUGAUGCUCUCUCGAUGCAGGGUUUGAUGAACUAUGCGGUCAAUACGACGUUUACUUCGACAACCUACAAAGAUGCAGGCCUGAGCAUGGUUAGAGCAGCAGUUUGCGUUCAUUAUUCGACCAAUUCUGGCUCAAACACAGUCUUGUUCAACUCAUCUUUUCCAGAACCUGGUGAUGCGAUAUCCGAAAUCACUUUGACGGGCGCAACAGAUUUGAAGAUCCAGUUGUCAGAAGCAUCGACUGGAGGAAUGUUCCUCUGGAACGUCAACAGCUUAUUUUACUCAUCCUUUGAGGGAUAUCUUCCGAUGCGAUUGAAAUUCUCUGGAAGCAAUUUCCCACCGAGUGGAGAAACUAUACUUUCAUUUGUUAGCGGCGAGUUGGGGGAUUUCAUGGUGAUAACAGACACUGGAAAUCCUGCGCCAAAUAAUCGAAAGAUUUACUACGGCAAAGAGGGGUAUUUCCGAGUUAAUAUCGAAGAAAUCCCUUCUUUUGGAGGUUCCAAUACGGACACUACGAAGUUUGCUUUACAGUCGAUGAGCAAAAUCAUCAAACUCCCAUCUGACGAAGCUUCUUUCCACUCUGCCUCUGAUAUCUACGAGCUCAGUACUCUCACAACGACCCAAUCCGCCUCCAAACCAUGCGUGAUUCAAAAGAACUCAUUGGAAAACAGCACUCUCAUCCUUGAUUCCAAAGAGAGCGUCAAGCCCGUUGCGACUCUUCGCGGAACAAGUCCGGUAGCAGUUGUGGUCACGACUUCAGUGCCGAAUGAAAUGGUUCUUUCUUACGAAACUGAUGAUUCUCGUGAUCAGAACGAGAUUUAUACGAAGAAAAUUAGUACUUUGGUAAAUCCGAAAGAAACUUCAAGAGAUGAACCCGGUACACGAAUCGUUCCCUUCGUCUCCUGGUACAUAACAGACACAGUAAUGAGUUGCACAGAGCCUUCCUUUUCCGUCUCCUUGCUUCACUACGGAACUUGCCCGACUGAGACUCGAUUAAUUGAGCCCGAUGACAAUGUCGCAGCCGGAAAAUGGGUCUAUGAAGGAUUACACUCCAUGACUCACUUUUUUCUUUCAAAUAUAUUUCAAUUUCACGUCGAUGAAAAUGGAAAGCUGACGAAAAGUAGCGAGACGAAGACAUAUUUGGAAUCACAAGUUGGUUUUACGAAUUCUGAGCACAAAAGAGGCAGUGGAAAGUGUACCAAAGUCAACUGUCCUUUCCAGCGAUAUUAUUACAUGCCUAGUUUUAUGAUCGAAGCAAACGUUGGAAAACCAUUCUUUCCAGAAUUCAAAAUUGUCGACGAAAACAAGCAGGAAUACGACUUUGGUUACAAAGAGCACACACUUGUUGUUCUUGGCGAAAUAACCGGAGGUUCUGGCUUCAUGGGCACCAAUGAAGAAAGAAAGACGUUUAACUUGGUCAAGAAUACGAUGGAGCUGAUGAAUUCUCAGUCCAGAUCGUAUGCGCCGCUGGCGAAAGGGAUCUUAGAAAUGAACGAUAUCAAUUCCAAUACUUCUGUCUAUCAAUACACUUUCAAUGGCCAAAUGGCCGGCUGCACCGGUGCUCACCAAUCAUACAUCGGCCAGCUAGAUAAGAUCCUCCUCGCUCUCGGAAAGUCACGUGAUUCCGUCUUCUCCGAAAACGAUUUCGACUUCAGAGAUGUCUGGAAUCGACAAAAUUUCGUCUCUUGUCGCGACAAUCCAAAUGCUACAAUUCCGGACGAGACAUUUUCCGAACUAAAUUCAAGGCUCAAAGUUCCAGUUGAAACAUUGGUUCAAAAUCGAGAGAGCAUCAACAAGCGAAUAAGAGAUUCUGUGAUUGAAGGGCUCUUGGAUGAAAAUGGAGAGUACGAAGAAUCUGUCCUGGACAAUUUGCUUGAGAUCCCAGAAAACGCAGAAAAUUUCACUGGCUAUGCGCCCCUACUGUGCUCAUCAGAAGGAAUCACUGAUGGUGGUUGUACCAAUCAGUUCAUCUUCACCAAGCCUGGUCGAUACGUCAUGAGCGCAAUCCUCCUCGACCAAAAUGCCAGUGGAUGCGAUCUUCGGGUCUCAUUCAUCGUCAAAGUUAAUGGUAAAUAA